AUGGAGAAGCCGGUGCCAAAGGUAAUAUAUGGCUCGGGACUUCUAAAUCUCUCCGCAAGAGUCCAUCCGAACCAUGCAAAUUUACAGGGGAAGUACUCCAAGUGCGACGCUCAGAUUUUCUUUAAAUUUUGCACACACGUCGGGUAUGGACUAAAUAUCAAUUCUGGAAAAUUUUAGCUCGCGCUUUGCGGGCGCCGCCGAUAUAUCGAACGAUUUUUGCCGCCGAGAGAGCACGCUAAACGUGGAGAGCGGUCAGAGAGAAAAGCGCUUUUUGGCCAUAAUUUUGGCAGUUUCGUGCGGAAAAAUUUGAUUUUUUGUAGAAACAUUAUCCUUUACAGUUGAAAUAGGCAUGAAACUUUUCGUGCCGUAAUUCGACAAAAAGUCCUAAAUUUUUGCCGACUUUCGAUGUAAAAAUCUCGGUUGUUUCUGCAAAGCGCGAGCUAGGAUUCUCGCAUAUGUCUUAGAAAAAAUUAUUCUAAAUUUAUGCCAAGUUUCAUCAAAAUCUGAGCGUCGCAAUUGGAGUACUUCCCCUGUUAGUACAAAGUUAAUAGUUACGCAAUCUGACAUAACAUUGCGCAAUGUCGUAAGAAUUUCUGCCUUUCUGCCGCCUCCUCCUUUUUUGUCAACUUUUAACUUUCGACUAAAUUUGCAGGGACUCUUGCGGAGAGAUUUAGCAGUCCCGGGCCAUAUAUAACCACUUCAUCCAAUAACCUUUCAGAAUCUUGUUUUGGACAUAACUUUGUCUUUGGAGGAUCAUAACCUGCUUAACUUGCUGAACAAACUCAACAAACUGCCAAGAGAAGUAAGUUUUGAUUCAACUUUGUUUUUCUUUACCUUUUUUUAUAGAUUACUCAUAUUUUGAAAUCAAAAAUCUCACCGUUCCACUCGGCCCAGUUUUAUAUUCGCACGGGAAGACUGUUGAAGUAUGAUUAUGAGGAUUUUCGAGUAUUGUGUGUGAAGAAUAAAGUUGAUAAGUCUUACAACUUGGAGGGUAAUUGGAUAUUAACCUUCCACAAGUGAGUUGAGUCUUAUUCUCACCUAAAUUUCUUUGCAGUUUUAUGCAGAAAGCUGAUGAAGCCACGAAGUCUGCCAUCUGCCGAUACAUCGGAUCUUCUGUGACAGAAUUCUUGAAUGAUCCUGAUUUCAAUCCAUAUCCAGUUACCUUAAACACAACUGUUUAUGUAAAGGAAAAUGAGACAUUUGUCUGUGGAACCGAUGUCCUUCAAGUUUAUGACGGCAUUAUAGAUGACUUGGAUUACGGCGAUGAGUGUGUCGUGGAAGUCGGAAGUUUAAAUCCUGAAGCUGCUGUGCCAGACGAUGUUUCGGAGAGAUUCAUGUCUUAUGUGUCGGUAAGUAGGAAGGCUGACUGUAUCGGCGGUUGGUGGAAAAACUACUAUUGUGGGAUCAAACGGGCUUCUACACUUGCCUUUUUAGCUACAAGACGGCGAGGCGAUAUAAUAUAUACCUAUUUUAUAUAUUAUAUCGCAAAUAUACUCCCAGCCAAAAGUUUUGACUCCCCUUCUAACUCGGCCCAAAGUGUACCAAUUUGGACCAAACGUAUACUCCGCGACUAAAAUUUGGAACAGGCUAGAUUUUCUUUGCGGCUUGAGAUCGGAGUUUCAUUUCUUUUCUAUUAGAAUCGGAAUAUAUUAAAACCCCAGAAUGGAUACAUAGCCGUAGAAAUCAGAAAGCUCAUAUGAGCAAAACACAAAAUUUUAAAAAAUUGGCGGGACAAAAGUUUGGAGCAGGGUUAGGAAUGCGAUCAUAAAUUUCCGGGUAUAGUCAAAAACUCCUAGACUUUGGUAUUUUUAGAUGCUGCGAGGAGUCAGGAUCUCAACGACGUGCUGAUUUUCAUCGAGAAACUCAAAAUGAAAAAAAAAUCUUGUUGAGCCAAAAAUGACAGUUCAAUUUGGGGAAAAAAUUAUUUCUUGGGUUGGGUUACCCAUGUUAUCGAUGUAUUAGCAUUCUAAAAUAUAUAAUAUGGUCGUAUAAUCGUAAAAAGACACUCAAAUCUUCGCAUGCGAUCUUAUCCGCACAGUACAAUUUAUGAAAAGUUUGGAUUGUGCUUCGAAAAAAGCCAGAUGUUUCAAACAUUAAAAAAAAUUUUCGGUCACCAAAAUCAAUGUUUAUAUUGACCUGGAUUCCUAGUAUGAUACAUUGUAGAGUUGGCUAACAAAACUACUUCAAUGUGAAAGGGAUAAAGGUAUUUAGUUUUGCGCCAUAUGGCGACCUAAAAUUAAAGUAAAAAAUAUGGGUCAUCUUAACAUCUCAUAUGUCCGGGUUUUUCGAAGUUGUGGCCUUUCGUGUUGCAAUAGCGGUUGGUUUUUGUUUCUUCAAGAUACCUUUUCAUCCCACAAAAACUAUGAAAAGGCCAAUUAGCCAUCAAGCCGCCUUACAAAAAAUAUAAAAAUAUUGAACCAAGAUUUGAGGCACAACUCAAAAUUUUCAUAAUUUAUACUAUGCGUAUACGGUGCCAAUGCAAGGAUAUGACUGCCUGCAGGAGAUUAUGCGACCAUAAUUGAUAUUUUAGAAUGCUAAUACAUCGAUAACAUGUUAUAACAUGGGUAACCCAACCCAAAAAAUAUUUUUUCCCAAAUUGGACCGUCAUUUUUGGCUCAACAAGAAUUUUUUUCAUUUUGAGUUUCUCGAUGAAAAUCAGCAUGUCGUUGAGAUCCUAACUCCUCGCAGCAUCUAAAAAUACCAAAGCCUAGGAGUUUUUGACUAUACCCGGAAAUUUAUGGUCGCAUUCCUAACCCUGCUCCAAACUUUUGUCCCACCAAUUUUUUAAAAUUUUGUGUUUUGCUCAUAUGAGCUUUCUGAUUUCUACGGCUAUGCAUCCAUUCUGGGGUUUUAAUAUAUUCCGAUUCUAAUAGAAAAGAAAUGAAACUCCGAUCUCAAGCCGCAAAGAAAAUCUGGCCUGUUCCAAACUUUAGUGGCGGAGUAUAGUCUACUGAUAACCUAGUAAUAAAAAAUACCAUAGCAGGACAACCCAUCUAGCUGUAUUUCAAAAUCCAGGGACAAUUUUCACAAAAAUCCCCUCAAAAAAACGGGACAAAAGUUUUGACCCCCAUUAAAAAAAGCUAAAUAUCGCCAGCGGAUGCAGCCCAAACCUUUCGCAAUCAACGUCUCAUACCUGAAUACAGGUUAAUAAAUUAUUUUCCGUUGAAUGCUUUGUUGCAUUUGAGGAUACAACGCGUUAAACCGUUUUUGAUGUCGAGCUUCCGAAAAUGGUAAAAAUCUUGUUCUAGUGCUUUUCAAAAGUUCUGAAAUAUGUUUACAUCAUGUGAUUUUGACGUAGAGAAAGAUUAAACCUGCAUUAAUCUUCUCCUUUCGAAAAAAAGUCCAUGAUGGCCUAGCGGUGUCAAUUCGGCCGAUAUCCAGUUGUCAUGUCCAGCCUUGGCGGCCCGUUUGCUCUAUGACUAAUAUAAUCCUGAGACUCCCAUUUACUUUCAGCGAUGCAAAAUGUUUCGAAACGUUUUUUAAUGGGUUUCAUUAACCUUAAUCUUGAUCUUGCCGCUACUGUAGACGCCCCCGAGCACGACGACAUCUCCGCCGCCCAUUUGGCGUUCCCUACGCCUCAAAUUUGUAUGAAGGGUACCGUAGCGUCUUAAAUUACCUAGUCCAUCAAAUGAAAACCACUUUUCGUCGCUAAAAGUCCAUUUCAAAAACGCGGGUUUUUCGUUAAGGUGCAGAUCGGGAAAGUUGCAUAUGCAAACCAUAUGAGAUCGUUCAACGGAAGUUUAUUCUUGGUUUGAGAGUAGGUAGAAGUUUUAGGAUUACAUUGAGGACCUAACGACCACAUCUAGCCCAUUAGUCAUAGAGCAAACGGGUCGCCAAGGCUGGACAUGACAACUGGAUAUUGGCCGAAUCGACACCGCUAGGCCAUCAUGGACUUUUUUCGAAAGGAGAAGGUUAAUACAGGUUAUUACACGUCAAAAUCACAAUUCAAAACUUUUGGCGGGGGUAUACAAUUAAAUUGCAGUUUGUCAACUUGAAGGUCUCCGAGAUAGACCUUGAUGUAAACGGAUUGUUCUAUUUCCUUCUUUUAUCUCCAAAUGGAACUCGAAUUAUGUGCAAAGAUCUGAGUUCGGAGGAGGACGCUGGUGAAGUUUUUAAUGUGAAUCAUCCUCCGGUGAUUGAACAACAUGAAGUUAAACAAAUGAUGUUGGCUGUAGAUGGAGAUCAUGUCUUUAUUUUUAUCAGGACGUUUAAUGCGUUACAUUAUUUUAACAAAGCGACCAGAGAACAGGUUACGAAACAGGUUGAUGGAGAUCGUGAAGUGAGUUGGAUGUUUAAUAUUGUAAAUUCAAUGCCUUGACAUCUAUUUUGUAUUGCUUUAGAUCACUGAAAGAAUGUAUGCUCUUGGACCGAAUGCCAUCAUCUUUUGUGCCUCCGGAUUUCGAAUUGUGAACUUCCAAGCAUCUGGAGAUCCCUCAUCUCCUAUUCCAAGGUGUGAUUAUCCCCUAAUUUCGUAUUCAUUUAUAUCUAUGAUGGAUCGAAGCAUCUUGUACAAAGAGUCAGUUGUUGAUGGAUAUAGUCAUCUUAAAGUAAGCGAAAAGACCGUUUGUUUGUUUCUUGUUGUUUUCUUUAUAAUAGUAUUUAUCUUUUAUUUAUUGUAAUGGCACUGUGAUAUUAUUUUAGAUAAUUUAUCUGAUUGGUGAUCAAUUAACCUCUAGAAAUCUGUUUUUGUGUCAUCCAGAUGACAAGAUUAGAGUGUCCUCUUGUCAACUCUUUCAAAUCGAUGGUCGGGAGACCAAUCAGACCUCAAAAUACUUUUUGGAAGCACCUCAGGGUAGGUUUUAUAAACCUGGUCUUCUGAUAUUUUAGCCGAACCGAUUCUAUUCUAUACUGGUAAAACUAAAACGUAUCCUGUAUCCUCCCGUUGGCUCUAA